UCAUGUGAUUUACCACGUGGAUUUUUAUCAGUUCAAAAUGGCAGAAGGGUCAAAUCGUGAGAAUUAUGUCAGUUUACCUAAAGAAAACAGUGGCUUCGGUGUGAACAUAGGGCUAGAGAUAAAAGGAGAUAUUGAAAAUAGCUCAAGCACAGACAUGUCAGCAUCAGCGAUGGAGAUUGGACCAUUUGUCAGUGCUGAUGUUGAUAAGCCGAUGGAUAACUCAAGUGUAACCACUGCAAAUAAUAUUAAUGAGGGUUUAUGGCCGAAAGAGGCGGAGCGUGACGAUUUAUUAUUUCAUGAUAGUGACAACGACCAAGAGUUUGUGUGGGACAGUUUGCGUGGUGGGACUAUGCCAAAACUGAAUUUACUAGAAGAUAUGCACGAUGGAAAUGCAAAUAACUCGGUUCCACAUGAGAAUGACGGAGUUAAGAAGAAAUCCUCUAGAGAAAGCGACAGGCUACUUUCCUCGUCCUCUGAUGGUCUGUAUAGUGAAUAUAAUGCACAAGAACAUGGUAGUGGUAAUGGAACAGUGGUUCAAAUGGACAAUGAUGAAAGUGAAGACCCAAUGUGGCACUGUCACUUGGAUUCCCCAGCUAAAGUUGACAGGGUAGCUAGGAAUCAGCUUAUUGCCAUUAGUGUCAUUUGUGUUAUUUUCAUGAUUGGAGAAAUUAUAGGCGGUGUGUUCUCUCAUAGUGUUGCCCUGUUUACUGAUGUAGCUCACCUGGCCAGUGACCUAAUUAGUUUCCUGAUUAGUCUACUAGCUCUGUACCUGUCCACAAAACCAGCUUCAAAACGAAUGUCCAUGGGGUACUACAGAAUAGAGGUUCUAGGAGCGUUGGUCAGUAUCUUGAUGAUAUGGCUGGUGACCGGAGUGUUGUGUUACACGGCCGCCAAGAGAAUCAUCACGGGAGACUACACUUCAGUAGAACCCACCUAUAUGCUGGCCACAGCUGUAUCCGGUGUCAUAUUUAAUGUUAUUAUGGGUGUUGUUCUAAUCUCCCAGAAAUGUGGGUCGGCCACUUCCAAUCUGAAAUUUGGUCACUCCCAUGGCCAUGGACACUCCCAUUCUCACGGACAUUCCCACAAUUCCCUGUCGGUCAGUAGCGACCGGCCAGACAUUGCUUACCAGCCUCUCCUGAGUCCCGCCAGCCAGGAGGAUCUGCUGGACUCUGGGGAGGGGGAGACAGAGAGUCCCGUCCACAAACACGAUAACAUUAACAUCCGGGCAGCUUUCAUACACGUGAUAGGCGACAUCAUUCAGAGCCUAGGGGUUCUCAUUGCUUCUCUAAUCAUCAAGUUUACAGAUGGAGAUGAGUACAAGUUAGCGGACCCCAUCUGUACAUUUGUCUUCUCUAUAUUAGUCAUCAUCACCACAGUCAGGGUCCUGAGGGACACACUUCAUGUUGUCAUGGAGGCGGUGCCAAAAGACAUGGACUACCAUCAGAUUUUGAAUGACAUUAAAUCCAUUCCUGGGGUAAAAUCGGCCCAUAGCUUGGCUCUGUGGGCUCUCACAGUGGACAAAAAUGCUGUAACUGUACACAUUUCAGUGGAUGGCUCAAAUGAUCAUCAAGCAAUUCUAGAAAGAACAUCAAAGAUGCUGCGAACAAAAUACAAAUUCAUCUUUACAACGAUACAAGUGGAGACUCACCAGUCUUCUAUUAUGGACUCCUGUCGACAUUGUAGCAUUCCAAAUACUUAGCUCAGUACUUGUUCUGCAAUAAGACUAAACAGCAUUGUACAUAAGCAUUCCAAAUGUAUCCUUAAAUGGUGGAAAUAUGUGUAUCCAUGGUACAGUUUAAAUUGUGGGCCUUGACUUUCCACAACAUAGGUUUAUCAAUACUAAACUUACCUCUGACUAUUCUAAAUAAGCUUUUAAUUAAUACAUUGAUGUGGAUUCAGAAAGAGGACAAAGCAUGAUGUAUGCUUUCAAACAUUGACAUGGAUAAAAUUACAAAAUAUUUACGAUUUCUAAAAAUGUUCGUAAUCAUUGCUUGUAGUAUUUAGUUUAUAAAAUUCCUGAAAAAGGGUAAAAAAAAUUGCUGAGUAACUUGGCUUGACUUGAACUCAAGCUAUUCACAUCACAAGCAUACUCUUGGGACAACUUAGCUAUGCAAUAUUUGUGACAAAAUCUUAUUCCAUGUGUCAGAGUGGAGAUGUCCCAUUCCAUAAGCUAGGUAGCUUUUCUCUGUUUUGGAUGCAAGAGUCAAUGCAAAGCACUUAAUUAUAUUGACAAAUUAAUUUGAUACCUUUAGACAUAUUGCUAGUAUAUUUACAGUUGAUAGUUUCUGGUAACCAAGAGUUUGCUCCUGGUUGGGCACAUUGCUGCCAUUAUGGUAUAAGAUGGUAAUUUUGUAUUGAUGUUGAAUUUAGAAAGGUAGCUAUAUGUAUAUGCUUAUGGAUCUGUUAUUUCUAAUAGCUAAAACAAUCCCCCUUUUUUAAUUAACCUCUCUUUGCCUGAGAGAAUCCAUAUGUUUUAUUGAUUGAAGGUGCUGUGAUAUUAUGUUCAAUCAAACUAAGUGAUAUUCAUUUCAUGUUGUCUUCCAUGGUGAAUGUUCACAAUAUUGUGUGUUGAAUGUUAAAAUGUUCAGGUAGCCUAUAUGUCAUACAGUAAUGGUUUCUACAAUUAUUAAUUGAACUUUGGCAAACUUCCUUUAGACUGUGCAACUAAGAGGUCAAGACAUUUGUAACCCAUUUAUCUGUUUUCUUAAAGCCUGAAAAAUUUUGGCUGUAGAAGAUAUGACAUAUUUCUCCUUCACAAAGGUUUUUUUGCAUUUCUUUUCUAAGAAGUUUUAUCGGUAAUUUCUGUACAUAUAUACAAAUGUAUGUUUUAAUUUUUAAGUGAGAAAUUAAAGACUAACUGAAAAAAUGCAAUUAUUUUAUUGCGUACUCAAGAAUCUAAAGCAGUAAUGCUUUUCGGAUUGCUUGAAACCUGCAUAUAUAUAUAUAAAGAAUUUAUUUUUAUGUUAUUUGUUGUUUGUUGGAUGGUCGUAACACACGUUACAAUCCACUUUCUUAUGGAGGUUUAUAAAUCCAGAAGGUUUAAUUCAGGUUGUUUUUUUUUCUAAAUAUUUUUAAUUUUUUCACAAUGAAUUAAGGAUCUUGCACAGCUAGUGAGGAAUGACAGCUGAUUUUUUGUGGGUUUUUUUUCUCCUUUGAAUAAAUUCAUUAAAAAUGAGUUUUAAUGAUUUGAUGUAUAAACUGCAUGUUUUGGUUAUUAUGCUUUUUGUUCAUAAAUCCAAGGACAUGUUCUUUGUCAGGGGGUGUCUAUAUACAUGUGAUAUUGAUUGUCCAUUUAUUGUGCCAUUUAACACCCCCCCCCCCCCCCUUAAAACAAGCAAAUCAUAAGUUUGAACCACCUAAUACUUUUGUUCAUAUUUUCUGAUAUAAAUUGAUCUAAAAACAUAAUUUCUAUCAUAAAUUUCAUAUUUUUUUGGCCUAUUUGACUUAUAUACCUAUUAUACAUCAUGUUAUAUAUCAAAAUGAUGAAAUUUUUUCAAGGUGUAUUGAUCGGGCCAUCUUAUUCUGACAACCUUUUUUUCUCUUUUUUGACUUUAUGAUGCAUAUAAUUUUACAAUACAUAGGAAUGUUGAUUUUGAUAACUGUAGACAGUCCGACAACGUGCUCCUGUCACAGUCUCGGGAUAUAAAGUUGUUAGAAUAUAAUUCUAUUUUUUUAAUUGAUUUAUCAAUCAUGUUAUAUAUGAUAACUUGUGCUCAAUUAAUUUUUUUUUUUUUUGCUUUUUUUUCAGAGAAUAUGUAUAUGUACUAUUUUAUAAAUAUGGUAAUAAAGAAAUAUCCCAGCCUUUUUUUCAUAAAUUAUUGAGAAAUGGCUUUAUAUUCUGUAGAUGACCAGGGUUUGAUACAUUUUUUUCUUGUUAAAAUUUUCACAAAUCCUUGAGUGAAGAGAUUACAAGAUUGAACAUGUACACUAAUAAUGGCCCAUUGCUAAGCAAUAGAAGGGACAUCACUGAAAUACUGUAUGUUGCAGAUACAUGUAUUAUUAGCCAUAUGGUUAGUAGCUGGUGUAAUGAGUUAAAUUUUUAUGCUGGUCAAUAAAAUCCAUACGUCCGAUCCUAACCUUAAUAAAAAGCUUAAUCCCAUAUGGAAUUUGCUGACCAUGUAUAAACCAUAUAUUAGGUAAUCUACAAACCAUGUGUAAUUUACUUAUGUUAUUUUAUCAAAUUAAAUUUAGUUAUAGUCGUGUACUUAAUUGCAUUUGAUGAAUUAAAAUUCACGAAAAGA